AUGAGUACUGGUUGGAAUUUUAAUUUUAAUCAAAAGAAAUAUACUGAAAAAAAAAGAAAAAAAAAAUUGAAGUAUAUUAAAUUAUUUAAUAAAAGAAGUAUAAAAAAUUUCAAAAAAAAAAAUGAGCUACUAGUUAGAAAAAGAUUAAAUUGUGGUCCAGCUGGGCGAAAUGCUUUAAUUAAAUGGAUAGAAUAUAAUUAUAAACUGAAAAAUGAUGAAGAGAAUAGAUAUCCAGCUGUAAAUGCUUGUAAAGUGUGGCAGCAAACUCAAUCAUUUCAAGAUAUUGUUUUAUCAGGUUUAGUUGAUUUUUUAAAAUUUUUAAAUGUUCCUAAACAUAUUACUUACAAAAAUGUUUUUGAUAAUUAUUUGUCCCCCAAGUUUAUAAAUAAAAUUAAUUCAAUUACUAUAUCACAAAAAUGUUUAAUUAAGCUUGCAAAAAAGAUGAUAUUAAUGUUUCAAGUUCGUGAAAUACAACCACUUUUUUCUGUAUUAUUAGAAAAAAUAGAUAUAAUUCCUUUAGAUAUUUUAAAUAUCUUAGUUGAAAAAACUCCUGCCGCUAAAUAUUUUUAUGAAAUAACUUCAGUAAAAGUUAAAAGAAAAAUAUGGACAUUAUGUCCUCAUAAAUUUUUUGAAGAAGUUGAACAUAUUAUUGAAGAGAUAAUUUUGAGAAUGAAAAUAAAAAAUAGUUAUGAUAUAAUAUGUAAUUUAAUAAAUAAAAUAAUAGAGUUAAUAGGUGAAGAUAAAGAAAAAAAGUUUUUGUAUAAUUUAUGUGUACAUAUAAUACGACUAAAAUCUUUAGAAACCAUUUUAAAUGCAAAAGAAAAUGUUUCUAAUGUCUCAUAUGUUAAUAAAAAAUGUAAUAAAGAAUAUAAGAAUGAUAGUGGUUAUAAUAUAUCGGCUAUUAAAAUUACUGAAAAUAAUACAGUUAGUAAAAUCACUGAACUUAAUGAAAAUAAUGAAGAAAAUAAAUGCAAUGAAAUUGACAUAAAUAAUAAAAUAUACAAGAAAAUUCGGAAGAACUUAAAUCCGAACUCUUACUCAUUACCUAAUGAUUUUGAAGAUAAAUUGAAAAAAUUACAUAUUUGUUUUGAUAAAAUAAUGAACAAAAAAGAAAAUUUACAAAACAAAGAUACGGAUUAUAAUGAUAAGUUCCAACCAUAUUAUAUAUCACUAAAUGAGUAUAAUCAUAAUAAUACUUCAUUUCAAUUUUUAAAAAAAAGAAAACAAAAAAAAAAAAAAUAUCCCAUAUAUAACAUGAAAAAAGAUGAGACUAAAAUAACUGCGGAUGAAAAAAAUUCUGGAAAUAUUUUUAGAAAUAUUAAUAAUAAUCAUUAUGAAGAAAAGUCUAAUUUUAAAAGAAGUUUAAUAAUGAAUAAAGAAAAAAUAAAAACAAAAAAAAUGAAAAUAAAUUUAAAUAGUUCGAAUGAAAAGGAUACCAUAGAAAAUGUAUCUGUAAAUCCAGAUAAACAAAUUAAUGACGUAAAUGAUAAAAUCCUAUAUGAAAAAAUUAAUAGUAAUGAUAAUAACAAAAGUAAUAACAAUAACAAGGAUAAUAAUAAAAUAACAGAAAAUAUUGAAGUAAAUAAGAAAAUUAAUGCAGAAAAAAAUAAGUAUAAAAUUAAUAAGGAGGAACAUUUACAAAACAAAACUUUAUUGCCUUUUGAUAAUAUGUUCUAUAGUAAUUUAAGAUUAAUGCUAUGCUUGCAAUAUAAAGAAAAAUAUAAUAUAAAUGAUGAAGAAAUGUUAAGUAUAGAUAAACAUUUUUACAUUAUUGAAUUUAUUAAUCAUAUUAUAAAAGAUGGAAUUUUAAGUUUUGGUGAUGAAAUAAAAGUACAAGAAAUAAUUAACAAAACGCAAAAAUAUUUUAAAAUAAAAAACAUUGAUGAUCUAUAUGAGUAUUCUUUACUAUUUAACAACAUAUUAUUAAAGUUUUCAAUUAUUGAAGGCAUAUGUUUUUAUUUUUAUAAUAAUAAUUUUAAUAUAUUAACAUUAAAAAAUAAUAUUAAAUUUUGGAUUUCUCUUUUCUAUUUUGGAAUUUAUAACAAUUUUUUUUCAUUAAUUAAAUAUGCUGUGGAUAAAAUUGAGUAUGAUGAAAAAAAAAAAAAAUCAAUAAAACCAGAUAAAAAAAAAGAAGAAUUUUGUUUUGAAGGUGAAUUAAAAUUAAAAGAAAAUAUGAAAAAAAAAAAAAAAAGUUUUAAUAAACAUAUAAUGGAAACAAAGGAUAAAAAUGGAUAUAAAGAAAAAAAUAAAAAUCUCAACAUAUGCAAAGUGUAUGAAAAUGAAGAUGAUGGUGGAAAAAUUAAAAAUAAUGAUAAGGAAAAUGAAAACAUAGAUGAAGAAGAUAAAAAUAGAUAUGAUAAUGAAGAUGAUAAUAAUGUUGAAGAUAGUGAUGAUGAUGAAAAUAGUAAUUGUGAUAUCAAGGAUAAUGAAGUUCAUAAUAAAAAAAGUGAGAAUGAAAAUUUCAUUGAUAGUAAAAAAAAAGAAUAUAUCAAUGAAAAUAAAAGUAAAGAUUACAAUAAAAUAAAUGAAUAUGAAUGUAAUAUACAUGAAGGUAAAGAACAUCUUAUCUGUAAAAAUAAAGAAGAAUACAUAGAAAAGGAAUUCAAAACUUGUAAUAAAGAGAAGGAGAAUAAGUUAAUAAAUUAUAAAUCAUAUUUUUUAAAUAAUACUAAUAAAAAUAUCUCUUUAGAAAAAAAGAAAAAAAAAAAUAUAGAGCCAAAUUUAAAAGUGAAAACAUCUUACUUGAAAGACUUGAAGAAAAUUAAGGGAGAAAAUUUUCAGGAUAUACCUAUGAAAGGAGAAGUAAAAAGUAAUAAUUUAAAAUUAUUUUUUAAUAUAUGGAAAGAAAGUUACUUAAAAAUACCUUUAAUGAAUAUUCUAAAUUAUAUAAUAACUCCAAAUAAUAUAGAAAAUAAUUUUUUUUCCUUCUUUAAUUUUUUUGAUGAAGAUAAUAUUGAAAAAUUAAAAAAAACAAAAGAAAAAAAUAGUAUUUUAUUAUUAUCUGCAUUAUUAAAUAUACCACAAUUAGAUUAUAUAGAAAUUAAAAACUUUUUUUCAAUUAUUGAUGAAUUUUUUUUUCUUGAAAAAAAAAAUUUUACCCUUAUAAAAAGUAAUAAUCCUAUUAAUAGUGAUUCUAUUCAUCAAAAUAUAAGUGGAAAAAAAAUAAUAGUAGACAAUAAAAUAAAUUUAAAGAAUGAAUCUUUUAAAAAUAGUAAUAAAUUUGAUAGCAUUAAUGUGGAAGUAGGAAAUGUAACAAAUAAUAAUAAUUUUAAUAUGAAUAAAAAUAUUAUUGGGGAAAUAAAUAAUUAUCUCUCAAAAAAUAAUGAAAAUAUAGACUUUGAUAAAAAAAGAAAAUUGAAUGAUUAUAAUGAAACAAAUCGCAAUUUUGAUAGUGAUAUUGAUGCAUUUAAAGAAAAAAACAUAUUUCAUGAAAUAGGAAGAAAAUUGAUAAAUUACAUUAAUUAUAUGAAUAAUGCCAUUAGUGAUAAUAAAUUUUUAGUAAAUAAUAAUAUAUGUUCAAUAUAUAUAUAUUUAAAAGAUAUUAAUGCUAAAUACACGGAUGAUGUAAACAUUCCAUUAAAGUAUAAGUUUAAUAAUACAGAAAAAGACGAAAUAAAAAAUAAAACUUAUUCAAUGAAUUUUUUCUGUGAUAUUUCAAAUGAAUUACUCGAGAAACUAAAUUACAAAGGAAAAAUUAAAAAAUAUUUCCCGUAUAUUUUAAAAAUUUGUUUUAUUUUUUUGAAUUUCUUCAAAAAAAAAAAAUUAAUAAGUAUAUAUAAAAAAUAUCUAUAUUUAUAUGGAUAUUUAUAUCAUAUGGUUUUAAACAGAAUAUUUUACAUUAGUACUGUGAAAAGUAUUCCAGUUUUACAAAAUAUUAUAUUAAAGGAAUUACAUUUCUAUUUUGAAGAUUUCAAAAAUAUGAAAGAAAAGAAUUUAUGGAAAUUUUUUUUGUAUGCUCAUACAUUGAUUGAUAUAAAUCAUAUAAAAUCUAACUCAUUAAAUAAAUUAUUUCAUAAUAAUGCUAUUGAUUAUUUUAUAAAACUUUUUUAUUAUUUAUCCUUUUAUAAUCCAACCUUUUCUAUUAUUUUCUUAAAGUUAAUUGAGACAUCAUUAUUUUUUAAGCAUAUUGAAAAUAAAAGGACAGAAAUACUACAAAAUUUAUGGAUAGGAACACAUGAAGGAUCUCUUUUCUAUUUUUUUAAAAAUAAAAAAUAUUCCGUUGAGUACAAAAUUUGGAUAGAUUCAUACAAUAAAUUUUUUGAAAAAUAA